GCAGUACGCCUGAAAUGCUCUUGGAGUCUGCUGGAAAUAGAGAAAAGAAAAAGAACGAGGAAGUAAAAAAAACCAAGAUGGCGUUUUACGGAGAAGGCCUUGACGUAGGCAUUAUAGUUCUGUAUUUUUAAUCAGUACAUACAUUUGCACAUAUAGGUUGUUUUAUAGAGUAAAUGUCGUUAGUAAUUCUUUGUAUUCGGAUACAUUAUACUGAGCCCACUUUGAAGCUUCUAGUGCUAGCUAGAUAGCUUUAGCUUGUUAGCUGCUAACAAAGGGACGCGGAAGAUACCAAGCGGAGGUCAAAUGUGAGUGUAAAGUGUUGUGAUUGUGUGAAAAUGUGCGAAAUAACGAUAGCAGAGUAUAAGAAAGAACUCUCUCCAACAAAAGAGGAGAACAAUCGACAACUUCAACAACUGGACGCUGUUUUCGAGAAACAAGUCGUGUUGCUCAGAGCAGGGUGAUGCACUGCUUUGUUUUUGUAUUGUUCAUGAAAACAAGACAGUUUCAGACACAACAUCCAGCAGCCCCCCCACAUUAAAGAGGAAGAGGAGGAACUCUGGAUCACUCAGGAGAGAGAGGGUCUUUUAGGGCAGGAGGAGGCUGAUCUCACCAAGUUUCCACUGACUGUUGUCUCUGUCAAGACUGAAGACCAUGAAGACAAACCACCUGAGUCCUCACAGCUUCUUCACAGUCCAAUAGUCCGCGAAGAACAUCUUUUCCCAAAGCUGCAGGGAGAGCUACAGCCCCCCCACAUGAAGGAGGAAGAGGAGGAACACGGCAUCAGUCAGGAGGGAAGGCAGCUUGAAUGGCCUGAGGAGUUCCCUGUGAUUGGUGUGAUUGUGAAGAGAGAAGAUGAUGAGGUCAAAGGUGAAAGUGAGGAGAAGAGAGAGGUGGAGCCUCCAAGCAGCAGCUCAACUCAACACAUGACAACAGAAGCUGAUGGAGACCACUGUGGAGGGUCACAAGCAGACAAGCUCUUCGCUCCACUAUCAGAUAGUGACGACACUGCGUCACUCUCUCCUGACUCUGACGAUGAAGACCCUACAGCUGAUAAGACCCAUCACACUGACAACGCACGCUUUCCAUGCUCUCACUGUGACAAAACCUUUGCCAAGAAACAUCGACUGAAAAGACACGUGAAAUAUCACACAGGAGAGAAAACAUUUCUGUGCUCCGUGUGUAGUAAAAGAUUCUAUGAGAAAGCACACUUGGUAACGCACAUGAGGAUACACACCGGCGAGAAACCCUUUUCCUGUUCAAUCUGCGGUUUGUGUUUCACACGGAGCGGGAGUUUGAAAGUUCACGCGAGAACGCACUCCGGAGAAAAACCCUUUUCCUGUUCAACGUGUGGUUUGUGUUUCACCCGGACUGACAGUCUGAAAGUGCACGGGAGGAUACACACUGGGGAGAAACCGUUCUCCUGUUCAGUGUGCGGCGCGACUUUUGCGCAGAAUCAGCAAUUGAAAAAACACAGGAGGAAACACACUGGAGAGAAACCGUUUUCCUGUUCAAAAUGUGGCUUAUGUUUUACACGGAGUGAAAAUUUGAAAACCCACGCGACAAUACACACUGGAGAAAAACUUUUUUCUUGUUCAGUGUGUGGUACACACUUUUUAAAAAAGCAAAAUUUAAAAAACCACGUGAGAACACAUACUGGAGAGAAACCUUUUUCCUGUUCAAUCUGCGGCGUGUGUUUUACACGGAGGGGAAGUUUGAAAGCCCACUCAAGAACACACACUGGGGAAAAACCUUUUCCUUGUUCGGUGUGUGGCACAAGUUUUGUGCGGAAUCAAUCCCUGACAAAACACAUGAGAACACACACACCGGCGAGGAAGUGUUGAGUUGCAGUGUGCGUGAUAAAAUAUUUUAUUAUAAGUACCAGUGUAAGAAACACAUGUGCUGGUAAGAUCAGUAGCAGCAAAUGAAGCUGCAGAAUUUUAAACAUACUGUGUAUGUAUAACAUGUGUGACAUCAUUAUUGUGUAACUUAAUUCUUAUCAAUAUUUAUACCUUUUAUAUGUAUUAAAAAUAGUAGAAUAUCUGUAUCGGUGUCAUUUGUAUGUUGUAAAUAGCAUCAAUGGGCAAAAGGAGAGACCGAAAAACUGCUCUGUUGUUAGCCGUAAACCUGGUUAGCAAGCCAGUCUGGUUGCGUAAUGACGUCAUUGUUUAUUUUACAUAAUACAUUUGGAAAACAAUGCAACACAUAUGUUUAGAACUACAAAACCAGUGAAGUUGGCACGUUGUGUAAAUGGUAAAUAAAAACAGAAUACAAAGAUUUGCAAAUCCUUUUCAACUUAUAUUUAAUUGAAUAGACUGCAAAGACAAGAUAUUUAAUGUUUGAACUGAGAAACUUAAUGUUUUCUUGCAAAUAAUCAUUAACUUAGAAUUUAAUGGCAGCAACACUUUGCAAAAUAAGUUGGCACAGGGGCUUUUUUUACCACUGUGUUACAUGGCCUUUCCUUUUAACAACACUCGGUAAACGUUUGGGAACU